GAUUCUGAUCGUCAUGAAGUCACUGGUCCUCUUAAUGUUGGUUUUUGGAACCGUAGCUGCAGAUGCCGAGGAAACAUCGCUCCUUGAUAUGAAGGAAAGUCUUCAAACAAAAAUCAAGGAGGCUGUUCCCACUGACGACUUUGUUAAAGUUCUCCUUGAUAUCGAUGUCGAGGAUAUUUUAAAAGUUCUUGAACAAGUUCCGUUGGAGGAUCGCAAGAAGCUUUGUGAGCUGAUGCCAGCCAGGCGCAUGGCAGAAUAUUUCGAAAGGUUACCUGUCGAGGAUAGAGAAAAAGUUGGAUCCUGUCAAGGUGACUUGAUCAGAUAUGAAGACAGGCCUGGACAAGUAGACAAGUUUCUGCAAACGUUAACAGGCAAAGAACGAGUGGAACUUUAUGACUAUUUCAACAAGACGAGCAUUCUACAACUCUAUAGGGGCCUCCCGGUUCCCAAUGAAGAUUUCAGUUUUCUGGGAAAACAUCCUGAAGAAAUAAAGAAGACCCUUUUUGCUCAGAAAAAAAAGUUCAAGCCCUUUGACGAUCUUCUUCAGUUACCAUUGGAUCAACAACUGGAAAUGUGGAAAGGCUUUACGCUUAAAGAGCUCAGAAAUGUUUUCAAAGUUACAGCAUGUCCACUCAGAGAUGACUUUGACAUUGGGAGAAUGAUCAACAAUAUGCUAAUAGCGUUUGGCAAAGAAGAUAAUGACAAUAUUAAGGGAACAGAGGAUGAAGAUUUGGAGAAAUCACAGGGGAGUGCAUAUACGCAUUGGAAUCGCGCUGAUGCACCUGGGGACGAAGAAGGAAAUGGAUAUGAAGAACCCUUCUUCAAGCAGAUAAUUGAGAUCCAACUUGGACAAUCCAAGGGAAUAAAAGUGGAACAGACACCAGAAAUACAAAAAUAAAUGAUCAGCUGGACACGAUAGUCUCCUGAUGUGAUGUCCUUGGACGUGUCCUUGUAAACUGACGUAAUAAACAUCUUGAUGACACAAAACUGAAA